AUGUGGUUGGGAGUAAUGGCAGCUGCAAAAUCAAUCCUCUCUCAUUGCUCAAUGUCUCAGGCUGUGGUUGUGCUUUUCCUGCUGGCUUUAAUGGCCCACACCCAAGUGGUCCAGUCCCAGAACUGCACGGCCGAGCUCAUCGACCUCAACUCGUGCGCGCCAUAUGUGGUGCCUGGUGCAACUGCGUCCCCCAACAGUCAGUGCUGCUCUGCUGUCCGAGAAGUCAAUCAUGAUUGCCUCUGCAACACCAUGAGGAUCGUCUCCCAAAUCCCUACCCAGUGCAAUCUUCCACCUAUCACCUGCGUGCCAGGACCAUGAGCGGGCUGUGGGCGGAAGACCGAAUAAAAUUCCCACAUUUCCUCUGUUUUUUUUUCGUGUUCCCAUCUGAUUUGUAAA